GUUUAGAAUAAUCCGGUGACGUUUUUGAAACACAUCACAAGCAAUGAGUUGCAAACUUAUAUCUCGAGAAAAAUCGCUCCAGUUACCUAGUGCUGUCAAACACGCGUGUCAUGCUAUGCUAUACGCGCCGUCGGAUGAGAAACUAUUCAGCUAUAUUCCUGUAAAAUACGCUGUUUUGAUGCAGAUGCGUUUUGAUGGUCAGUUGGGGUUUCCAGGAGGGUUUGUCGACCUUUGUGAUCACACUUUGGAGGAAGGUUUGAAACGAGAGUUGUCUGAAGAGCUGGACUAUACCCUUGAUUUUGCAGAGUCUGACCACAUGUACUGCCAUAUAUGGGAAGAACCCUUUCAUUUGGUGACACAUUUCUAUACGAAAAGGCUAACUCUGGCGGAGCUUCGGGCAGUAGAAGCUGCAGCUGUUCAGGGAAAGGAAUUUGGACUUGAGACAAUGGGUCUUGUCCGGGUCCCUCUCUUUUUUCUACAUGAUGGAAAAGGUGGCCUGCCUUCCUUCCUGUGCAAUAAUUUCAUUGGAAAUGCCCGCAGUCAGUUGGUGGAUGCUUUGAAAUCCUUGGGUAUAGUGAAAGAAGAGCAAUUAAAAAGAGCUCUCAAAUCAAGCAGCAGAUAAAACACAGACACACACCUACGAUGUACCUAUUAUAUCGUGAUAUUGGCACUUGUAAUCAUUUUAUUAGAGGACGUUAUACCUAGUAGCCUGUGGUCUCUAUAUAUGUGAGGGAAAUCCCAAGCAAAAAAAAUCAAAAUGUUUAGUAUACAAAAUAAUUACAGCAACGAUAAAUUACAGGAAGUUGAGCAAAGAUGACUGAUUACAUUUUUUAGAGAAUAUAUAUAUAUUUAACUUUAUUCAUUUGAUCAUGCAGAGUCCUAUAUUUGUAUUAUUUAUUACUUAGAAGUAGAAAGAGAAAGAGGUCUAUUAGUGUGCAUCAUCUGCCCCAUGAUUUAAAAAAUUGCAACAUAAGCUAUUGCUAAUUUUGUUCUAGCACCAAUAUAGAUGUAAGGUGCAAAAUAAGGUGAAAAUAUGGUCAUGCCUAUGUGGGCCCCCAUCUACAUAAAGUUAAAAUAGCUAGGAAAAUUUAGAAUAACUCUUUAAUAAUUCUUUGCAUUUAUAUAGUGCUUUUCUCACUACUCAGAGUGCUUAGCAAUAAAAUAACAACGAAAUACACCAUUUUUUUGAUCUAUGAACAAAAUAACUGCAUACAUUAACACUUUUCUCUCAAAAUCAGUAAUAGGUGUUCACUGGCAUUAAUCAAAGAUUAAAGAGACAAGAAAACACUGUAACAGUACAAUAUAUGUUUGUUAUCAUCAGUCAACAUGCUUGCAUUUUCUUAAGUUUGGUGUCUGACAACGAUCAUGUUCAGCAGUUUGCUGCACUGACAUUGACUUUUUUGGUGUUUUGUCAUUAACAUCCUUGCUGCAGCUGUCAGUGGGAACGUCAGUGUCAUAAGCAAUGUCAGAUGAUUCCUGCUUUUUAUGUUUUUUGCGACAAAAGCAUCAUAUCGAGAUUGUCGGGCCUGUUUGUGCUGGAUUUUUUUGGCCAACAACACAUCACGUGCACCAAAUAUUGCUGUGCUAUCACUCUUCAUAGACUGCAAAAAGUCUAAGUUGUCCAGAUUUUUUAUAAUCUUUUCUGCAUUGGCAGGCCACAGUUCCAAUAUUUGUCCCACUGAGAGUCCAUUACUUGUACUCUAUUUGUUAAAGCUGGCAACACACGAUGAACUUUUGGUAUUGCCCUUAGCUUGGCAUUGUCAUCCAGAAGUUUUAUCAUUUUUUCAUAUGCUUUUCAUUGUGUUAUCAUCUGCAUGUUCGCUUUUUCAUACAAUGUCUUAACUUGCGACAAUACCAGCUUAGCUACUUCCCAUUUGGUGCGAUUCACCAUCUUGAAUAGGAAACAUCAGACAUCGCAUUAGUUGACAGCAUGUUGGAAGAUGUGAACAAGUUAUUUCUGAAUCAGCCUGUGUAAUUCCACCACUUAAUUCAUACAGUGCAGCAUUCUGUCUGGUACUUGGGGUGUGCCCACAGCUUCUUAGCAAUAAUGAACUUUUGUCACUUGAUUCUGCCACUGAACUCAUUUUAUGUAUAAAUUAAACACAAUAAAAAAUGUUUGUACUUCUGGUAUCACAGGAAAAUAGUAGUAACUGGUGAAUGUUUAUGAAAUCAAUGUGUCAUGAAAAGUCCUGAAAAUGAUCAUGGAAUAAGUAUAAGCAAAUUAGGCAACUGCCACUAUUAAGUAUAAUCUGUUUAAUGUAAAAUGCAACCAAUCAUAACCAACUACCAAUGACCAUUCAAUAAAACAAGAACUGACAAAACUUACCAAAAUGUAUUAAAAGAUGUGCCUGCAGCAAAGAAUAGUCAUUUCUGUCAAAGAAACUUCACAUAAAUAAGUAAACCUGUAGUAAUUAGCACUCGAUUAAUUAGCAAGCACUUUUGAAAUAUUCAGACUGAAGGAGGCCCCCUAAAUGAAGUAAUAAUUAAAAGAAAUGUUUCAGUUUUAGAAGCAGUAUAACAUAGAACAUUUUUAAACUAGGGACAGGUCAGAUUUCAAAAGUGGGGGCAAAUGAUGCACUCUAAGGUCAAUACUUUAAACCUUACGGUUGUAAAAUUUGUAUGUGGUACUGAAUUGGCAAGUGAGACAUGUGGUUCACUUGUUGGCAAAAUCUUGCACUUUUGUUUUUCAUCAUUCUCUGAACUUGUCUUCAGACCAAUUCAAAAGUGCUGAAAAACUGUUGUCUUUUUAACAGAAGCUUAAAAUGAAGCAAGGUCUCAUGAAUGCAACAUGAUGCAAAAUUGUGUAAUAUUGCUAUCCUUCAGUUGGUAUUUCACAUUCAAGUUGAGUCUGCUUACAAUGCUGUAUUUGAUAAUUAGUUGGUCUGUUUUCUUUUAAGUUGCAAUGUAGCACUUUUAAAACUUUAUUCUAAUGUGGCCUUUGUUUAGCAUGUGUUUCAGCAGUGCAUUACUAAUGGAGCUGAGGUGUUCCCCAUCACAAAUGGUUCCCCAUCACAGAUUGCUUCACUGGGGACAUGCCUUUGCAACUUUUUAACAUCAGUAAAGCAUAAGCCUCUUUCCUGUCAAUUAUUCUGUAUUUUAGUAUAGCACCAUUCAGAGCACAGUUCUUCUCAAGGUAUGACGUGGAGUCUAUAAUAAGAUAGUUUUGAAGGAAGCAUCCAUCCUUGUGUACUAUUCAAAGGCGCUUUUUUCUUUACACUGAAAUUUCAGUGGCAAAGCUGCAUUUUUUUUUCUUUACCAUGUUUAUUUAUUUAUUUUUUUAAUACAAGCACAUAUCAUACUGCAGGCCCAGAGAGGAAUGUCCUGUGGAAAGUUGAUGUGAAAAUAAUGAAUUCCUGUGUGUUUUGGGUGGUUUUGCUAGAUUUGAGCUUUUUCCUCUCACUUCUUUAAAGCCAUUCAAGUUAUUUGCUGCCCUGGAUUGCUUGUUUGACAGGUUGCCAUUCUCAGCUACAUACUGCUAAGAUGUGAUUUUUCAGUAGGGGGACGAGUUCAGAUUAGAAGAUUUUAACUUAGAUGUUCAUGUUUUCACUACAGGCAACAUGGGAGAAUUGACACUGGUAGUUUGAAAUGAAUAUAUUAAAUUACUGGAGCUGGACAAUUCAGCAGUGCUUGCCUUAAGUUGGAUGUGCCUUUCAAGUUGCUGCAGUUAGCAGUGUUGGUUAUUAAUACUUUAAAAUACAGAUGCUCCAUUAUUACACUGCACUAUAAUGGCAAGUUAUAAGCAUUUUGAAAUAUGACUCUACUUCUUUUGAAAAUGCAGAACUGCUUUGUGAACCCCCAGUCUAGAACUUCUACUGUGAUUUGUAAAUUUUCUCCUUUUGUUGUUUUCAAAGUUCUUCCAUGAACAAUGAAAAUGUAAUGCUUGAGUGCCGAUUCAGAUCUGUUCAGAAGUGGAGACUGUUAUUAUACAUACAAACUGACUUGUAGGGGAUGUUGAAGCACCCUAAACCCCCAGACACAACUUCACAAUACAAUCCUGGGAUCAAAAUAAAAGGCAUUUAUUUCAGACAGUACCUCCACAGGGUUUCAGUUUCCUUCCUUCUAGACUGCACAACAAACAGGUUUCUCCUUAUAAACCUCCCAUGCUGUGUCAUCCACCUCCUCCCAACACUGAACUCCCCAGUGGACAGAGUCUGCCUGUUUAACACCAGACCCAGAAAUACUUCCAGUGAUAAGGAGGAAAUACUCCUGGAUUAGGUGGAAGUUCCUGAAAGUAGGGACAGCCUUUCCCAGCAGCUACCCUUGUCAGCACCCAGGGAACAUACUGUAGUAGGGAUGCCCCAUGGGACCGCAAUUCCAAACAUGCCUUGCAGGUGCAGGAAUGGGCAUAAUGGCCCACUAAUACUGCCAUCCAGGGUGUUAAGGGCAGAAUGUACUCUUGGGAGGCAGACCCCCGUCUAUCCAAUAUAUUGGCCUCUUUGCCAGGAAAGGGUAUGGGAGGUUUAUCCCGCCUGUGAUGUUAGCCCAGCUAUGCCUUCUGUCGUAAAAUCUAUGAUAGAUCACAGUCAUAAAGAGAUCACAAAGUCUAUCAAAGCUUUAGUAUUAUUUUCAGUUUUGUUCUUUUUAUUACAGUAGAUGUAGUCUUCAGAUACUCAAUUGGUCAGUGUCUUCAGUUUGUCCAUUUUCAUCUUUAUGUCUUCUGUAUUUAUAAUGCCACCUAUUUACCAAACUCCAGGGGCUCAAAAUGCUGGAGCUCAUCUUGACUUGAACUUCAUGUGUAUGGUAGGAAAUCGCAACUGGGCAGAUUGCUGGUACAUCACAGUGCACACUCGCUCACACACUCCCAAAAUCGCACGUGCCAGGCCAGUUUAGAGUUCACAGUAAACCUAAUCAGCAUCCUUGUCUUUUGAAAAUAUACAGAUUGUAGAUUAACUCUCAAGAGUACUAUAGCUAGAGUACCAAAAAUGAUGGUUGCUUUUCUCUGGGUGUUUUAUAAGAAGCCAUAUAUAUUUUGUAACACUGUGACUUUAACCAUCCCAUCGCUUAGAUUUAUUCUAAGGCUUUGUAGAGUUGUGUAAUGUCAGUGUGUUUAUUUUAUUUAUUUAUUUUUUUUUACAAAUUUUGGAAAAGCGAGCCUAACAUUUACCUUGCAUUUUGAAUUGACUUCCUAUCUCAAAUUUAUAAUUUAUGUUCUGAAUUUUGCUGUUAAUUUGCAGUACUUUGAAACUUGAACUCUACACUGAAUUGCAUUUUUUAGGCAUUUGUCACUUAAUUCCUACAAUUGCGAUCUCUGAUGCAGUCCUGUUUGCUAAUUAUAUUUAACUCUUUCAGGACUGAUGUCGACUUUUGUCGAAAUUCAGGGGUAGACGAUGGUAAUCGGCUUUAAACUGUGAGAAAACACGCCCUUAUGUUUUAGUUUUACUCUCUUUGCUAGAAGGAAAGUUAAGUAGCAUCGCUGAUUUAACCUUGAUUCCCUGUGCAUGCAUGAGUAGCGAAGAGCAAACAGCCUCUAAAAUGGCAUCGACUUCUGGCGAGAGACUAAUGCAAAUGUGCAAAUUAAAAUACUCCAUGGAUGCUUCACAUAUUAUCACUGAACCGGACUCUGACUUGUCGGACUUGGAAUUUGAUGCAAGUGAUCUGGAGAUCAAAACCGAAAGUGAGGUACCAGCAUUGGCUGAUCAGUCCCCAGCUGAUCGUGGUGCUGAUACGCCCACAGCAGCAUUCGCCUGGGUGACAAGAGAUACAAACCAUAUUGUGUCACAAUGCGACUGACACCACUGCGCACCUGCUGUUUCGAAGACAGCCAGGUAGCCGGCUCAUCGGGCAUUCCUGCUGGCCAUCAAAGCGCCCCUGCGCAGCCACUGCUGCCAGAGAUGACGAACUUGCACCAACAGCAGCACAGUUUUAUGUUGAUUUAUGUAUGAAACCAUUGCUUUGGGUGCUUUUCAGAAAACUGGGUUUUUUGGAAAAAAUAUUCAUCCCUGAAAGAGUUAAAUGCAUACCAUUGUUUUAAAUUUGGUAGAAUGAUAUUCCACAAACACAGAUCACUAUAGGACUUGGUAUAUGGCUGAGUAUUCUCCUCAUAUCUUGUGACGGACCACUGGGGCCCUUACCCCACUGGGACACCUUCGGCACAGAAGGACCAGGGGAGAGGGCUUAUUCCGGACACUGUCUCCCUCGGAACACUAGAAGCCAGUCCCCCUGGCUUGUAGUGGGGCCAUGGGUUUGCAGCAAGGAAGCUCAACCCUGCUGGGGCCCGUGGCCACUGCCAGGGGGCAUCAGGAUCUUGCCUGAGCCCUGUUUAGCAGCACUUCCACCACAGCCGGAAGUGUUGCUGAAAGAAGCUCAUUGGAUACUUGGAGCCACAGUCAGGAGGCGGGAGACAAAGCUUGCUGGGUAGAGGAGUGGAAGUGGAGAAAAAGAGAGGCCAUUGGGCUAGACUGUGCUAUGAGUGCUUUAUGUAUUGUGUUGUGGGGAGCAGAAAAAGAGUGCUUCCCCAUGUGAAUAAAAUGUGUGCUGUGUGGCAACUACGUGUCUCUGCCUUUCUGUGUCAGGUUAGUGUAGCUUAUGGUUGGUUUAGUAGAUAUGGGAUGACAUUCAUUAUUAAUGUGCCUUUAGGAGUAUAGCUGCUUUUAAAGCCAAAGUUUUGAAUGAUGUUGAUACCCUUGAUAUUAUUUUGGUAAAAUUAGGUGUGUGGGUUUGCAAAAUGAUUUUAAAGUGAAUGGCCUGAUGUUUUCAAAUCUAUUCUAAUGUUAAGAUAAACCAAAAGGUUGGGGCAUUGAUUGACUGAUACAUUUUAGUGAAAUCUGAAUAACAAAUGACAGGAAAGUAAAUGUGCAAGUGCAGCUGAAGUUGCAGCUACAAAGCUCCCUGUGUGAAUCGUUUCAGACCCUGCUCUUCCCUUGUGUAAGGUGUUACAGUAGUUGAGCCAGUGCUGUCCUUUUUAGCAGCAAAUCUCCAACAGUGUAUACACAGAUCAGUAAGCUGAGGCUUGUCUAAGACUCUUAACUAUUGUAGAGAGUGAGAAGUGAUUGGAAUAUUAGCCUUUACACUAAAGAAAGUGGAGUAAUAAACUCAACUGAGAAAAAGGAAUUGGAGGAAUUGUCCUACUGUGCAGUUAGACAAAUGGCAAGAAAAGUUACUUUAAUGAAUUCAGACCUUUUUUAGUUUCAGUUUGCACUGUGUGCUUGUUAUAAGUGCAUCAGCUUACAUUUUUAAUAGGAAAAUGCAUUAUAUAAAGAAGAAUUUGAAAUUGUUGCUUAGUAACCAAUAGGCUUGUUAGCUUAACAGCAAAUGUGUCUUUUACUUAUAGACAUGUGAAGAAUUUUAGUGUUGUGUCUACUUGAUAAACAAUUUAUGAACAUUUGAUACAUUUGUGGCUCUUUUAAAGAUUUGUACUGUGUUUAUUAUUUGUUGCUUUGUGUCAUACAGCAUAAGUUUUAGUAAGAAUCAAAUACUACAUAAUUUAAAUGGUAAUCCAAAUUUAUAACAACACCUCAAGAAUGUCUAGCUGAUACACUGAAGAAAAAAACACACCUGUAUAAAUAUAGUAACUAUAUAUUUUAACAGGAAAAAUGCUGUAAUAUAAUCAUAAUGAUUUAAAAUUAUUAAAACAUAUACAAAUGUAGAUAUAUAGAGAGAGUGACAUGGUGAAAAGUACUUUUUUUCAAAUUAACUUUUGCUUCAGAUAGGCACAUUACAUAAAAAAAUUAAACAAUAUAACAGCUUGUAAUUAAUGAGAAACAUUAACAGCAGACCCCGUGACCCUGUAGUUAGGAUAUAGUGGGUAGGAAUAAUGGAUGGAUGGAUUUUGUUUUCUUUUAUGUCAUAAGUAUUAUGGAUACUUGUUUUUGUACAUCUUUUAUUAGUUAAAGUAUUUAUUUUAAGGAAAGUUUAUUUAUUUUAGUAUUGUGGUCACUGAACAAAAAGCCUAAUUUGUUAAUUUAAUUUUGUUAAUAAAAAAUGAACAGUUAACUCCUGUGGUCUAUAGUUUAAUUAAAAUCCUACUCUUUAAUAUAGCACAAAAGGCUUCUAUGCAUCUGGUUAUACAGGAGCUUAGUAUAAACAUUUUUUUAAUGGGUUAAAGGAAAAAAAAACUGGAAUCGGCCGAUCAAGUAGCAUGAAAUCAGUGAUGAGUACUGGCCUUAAAAAACCUGAUCGGAGCGUCCCUAGUUGCCAAGGCACUGGAGUUUAAACCACAAGGCUGCCAGGCAAUGUCUGCUCGGACAGAUUGAGUAAAAUCACUUAUCCAGCUUGAGCUGCUGUUGUAGAAAAGUAAUUGCAAUGCAUCCUGAUUUUAUAGUUUACUUUUGGGAAGUAAACAAUAUAAUGUGCUCCAUUGAUAAUGAUCUUACAUUUGGGGAAAAUAAGUGGACAUUUGAAGGAUAAUAUUGUUGUUAACAUUAUAUUAAAGCACUAUAUUAAGUAAGACCAGUGCAGUGUUUUUCCUGUUGGCCUAUAUUAUUUAUUGUUCCUUUGCUUCAUUGCAAUAGUCUACUUUAUAUACUGCAGUCCUUGGCUUUUUAGCUAUAAUGAACUUGGGAGUAUGAUGAGUAAUAGUUUAGCAAAUACUGCAAGCUUACUUUUCUUGACAAUGUUUAAAUCAUAGACCAGCAUCUUUUAAAUUUGUAAAGCAAACCAAAUAUCUGGUUGUGACCUUUACUUUAAUCUGCCUGUCUUCUCCAGCCCUAGAUUUUACCCUUUCACUUAUUAAAUAAUUUGUAACUAUAACACUCCACUCUUUCAUCUUUUUACAUCUGUGCAUUUGAUUAAUGACAUUUUAAAUUGAAGUUUUAACACUUUUAUAAUUUGUGCUGGUAAGGCCAAAAUUGAGUUUCAGAAGUACAAUGUAGAAUGAUGAAUAUAACGAAAGAUUAAAAGAGCUCAACCUUUCAGUUGAAGCAAAAAAAAAAAAGAUUAAGAGGAGACAAAGUGUU